UGUAUUUUCAUUUUUAAUAACAAAUAAAAAGCUUUCAACAUUGUUUAAGAAAAUUUUUGAAAAAUUGUAAAAAAAUAUAUGAAAAUUUAUUUAAUUAUUAAUUUGUAUACUAAAAAAUAAAAGAUUAAUUAAUUAUGUUGCGUGGCUGCUCGAAAUUUACGAAUUUAUCACAGAGUAUCAUGAGAAACCUACCACUGAAUCCCACACAAUUCAAACGCUACAUAGCCGACAAGUGCUGUCCGUCACAAGCGGCCGAUGACACAGCGGAUCAAGCCUCCGCUAAGCCCGCUUUCAAAAAUGACGCGUUUACGCCACCUGCGUUUAUGCCCCUCACCGCAUAUCGUGCCUUAGACGAUCCGAACGAGGUGCUUGGACCACAAUGUGGCGCACAUAAAUGCAAAGACUACAAGAAUCCGGAGUUUUUUGCCUACCAUCGCUACUCAUUCUAUGAAUUGCAGUACGCCACUUUGGCAUUGGCUAAAAACUCGGAAGGCGGUGUGCUCUACGAAGCAGAGCCUGAGGACGAAUGUGAGAAAGAAUGUGCCGAAGACGAUAGUGCUGAAGCGGAGAUAUGUGAAACAACAGAAAACGAGUGCAAAGAGAGCAAUGCAGAUAAGUGAAAGAAGUGCUAAGUUGUAGAGAGGAAAAGGAAAACUGAAGACUUAUUUUCAAGCGAAAGCGAAAGAGAGCAGUAACUAAAUUUUGACUAAUAUAUUUGUUAUUGUUGUUAUAUAAACUUGUACAGACAUGUAUGAUGUUAAAUUUAUGUACUGAUUUUUUAUAUAAAGGUGUGCCUUUGUCUCCUAAGCA